AUGUCUGAAAAAUACGACGCACAUCAAAGUGGGACCACAACAUGCACGGUCACGCCGCCACUCUCUCCAACGCACGUCUUCAAGCUCGCCUACGCUCUGGCUUUGCCCGGCCGUUUCCACUGCGAUCUUGCGCGGCUGAUGAAGUGUGCCUUGUUGUACGAACAUGAUCGCAACCGAACUCCCAGCGCCGAUGUCGACAGCAGUCGCUCCUAUGGACGUGGCUUCCACGAGGCUUGCCUGGUUGCCCAGGGCUUCUACCAGAUUGAGUCGGAGGACAGUAACGACAACGACGACGACGACGACAGCAAGUUCGCCCGUGACGCCGGCGACCGGUUGACACUGCCCGCCCGCAUCGACCGCGUCUGGACCGCCACGCGCCUGUUUCUGCUGCGCGGCAUGGUCAGCAUGGGCGACGGCAACGGCAACGUCGUCGAGCGCGUCGAGGCCGUGCCGAACCCGGCAACGCACGCCUGUGUGGACGUGCCCGUCUACAGCGAGGGCAACAACGAUGGCAAAAACAAAACCGGUGCGGACGGUUCCCUGGGCCCCGAUCCGGACGUGACGCCUGCGGACUUGCCGUCCCUCCUCCCGCGGUGGAACAACAUGGCCCUCCCCACCGACGACGUCGCCGACGACAUGACCGACGCGGCGUCGCUUCCUUGUCGGCCCUGGAGUGACACGUUUCUGUGGGCCUGCGCCGGCUGCACCCUCGGCACACACUGCAUCCCCGUGCCGGAGUGGCACCGCCGCGGCCAGAGCCGCCACGACCACGACCACCACGACAGCAGCCUCACCCUCGACGCGGUCACGGCCAAAGUGGCCCACGUCGUGCACCGGCUGCAGUUCAACGAGCGCCAGAGGCUGGCGCUGCAACAGCAGGGCGCCCCCCACGAACACGGCGCCGUCUACGUCCGCCACCGGCGGCUGUGGGCGCCGUACCCCGGGCCGCGCCGGCUCGUGCCCGGCCCGGCCGACCAGACGCAGCUCGAGGCCACCGUGACGGACCUCUUCCGGCUGCUGGCCGCCAAAGACCGCGAGCUCCGGCUGCUGAAGCGGGUGCUGGGCAAGCCGUGGAUGGUGGCGCCGGCGAUUCGGUCACGGGUCGAGGGGGAGGCCAAAGCGGAGGCCAUGGAGGCGGCAGAGGCAGCAGAGGCAGCAGAGGCCAGGCAACCGUGA